CUCAAUAUGAGAUUAACUAUCGAAACGAGGCCAAUUGGUAAGCGACAUUAGCACCAACCUAGCAUUUUGGGUCUAGUCGCAGGAUUUAUGAAGUAUCAUCAUAUUUUCUAAGAUGUUUGGGCAAAAUAAAGGGGGAUUCGCAGGCUUUGGAUCUUUAAGCUCAAGUGGAACUACAGCAUCAACAGGAUUUACUCUUGGAUCCACGACUUCUACUGCGGGAAGCACAGGAAUUGGAGGAUUUACCUUUGGUGCUACAUCUUCAGCUGCUCCUUCAGCUGUAUCUUCAGGCCAAAGUACAUCUGGAUUUUCAUUUGGAGCAAAACCAGCAUUUGGUACUCAGGCAACAACUUCACAAGCAGCAGCUGCUACUUCCACUGGAACUACUGGGCAGAUUUCGUUUGGACUCCCUACAUCUCAGCCAACAGCCGCAACUCUACCAAGUCUAGGAAGUUUUGGAGCAACCAGUGGUCUCAAAAGUGGUACAACCGGAUUCUCUUUUGGCAGUCAACCUGCAGCAACAAGUCAGCCAGCAAGCACAGCACCAACCUUAGGCCUAGGAUUGAAACCUUUAGGGACAAGUGUCAUAUCAACCACAACUGAAGGGCAAAAGGGAUUAGCAUUGACUGGUGCUACAUUUGGACAGACAUCUGUUGCCUCUAUAAAGCCAACUCAGCCUGUUUCUCUUCUUGGAGGUGUUUCUCAAGCAGCAGCAACAACUUCAAGUGGAUUUGCUCUUUCCACUAAGACAGUUGCAGCAAGCAGUACCACAUCAACUGCACAAAUAGCAACUUCAACAGCGACUGUAGCUACGGAGAAGCAAUUCACAUAUAAGCAGCUGGAAGAUGUUAUUAACAAAUGGGUUCAAGAAUUAGAAGAACAAGAGACCAUUUUUCUGAGGCAAGCCAAACUAGUUAACGCUUGGGACAAAUUAUUAAUUGAAAAUGGAGAAAAGAUAACCUUGAUCAAUGAUGAUAUCCAGAGACUGAAAACAGAUCAAAGCAGGCUUGACCGCGAACUUGAUUUUAUACUUUCUCAACAACAAGAACUAGAGGAGAUCUUGUCCCCACUGGAAGAGCAAGUUAAAGCCCAGCAAAGCAUACCAUACAUGCAGCAUGCUGAUUUGGAACGAGAGAAAACUUAUAAGAUGGCUGAAAAUAUUGAUACUCAAUUGAAGAGAAUGAUGCUGGACAUUAAAGAUAUAAUUAACCAUAUCAAUACUUCAAACGCAAACACGAAAGAAAACGAAGAUCCUAUGUCUCAAAUAGCAAAAAUACUCAACUCCCAUAUGGAUGCGCUUCAGUGGGUGGAUCAAAAUGCUGUUCUGCUCCAACGAAAAGUGGAAGAAGUUAAUAAACAAGUUGAAGGAAGGAGGCGAGAGCAUGAAAGAUCUCUUAGAUUGACAUUCGCAGAUUGAAGUUAGGAUAUUUCAUAUUGGGUGAGAACAGUUGACAAAACUUUACAAAACAUCACCAUUGCAAUACGUGAAUCUGGAAAAACUUGAUGGAUGUUGGCAGUAAGUCCUAAAUUGGAUUAAGACCACAUGUUACCGCGUAAUAACAAUGAAUUUCAUUCUAGAUUUGUAGUUUAUUUUAUAAACUGAGAAAAGGGUUAUAGGAACCUUGUGCAAAAAUUAAAAAUGUCUUCCUUUCAAUCACAUCUUCUUUGAUGAUAUUCUAACUUCGCACUAAUUGUCAACUAUUGGCGGGCUUAUUGUCUCGAACAUUUUGUCAUAUUUGCUUCCUGUCACUAGGUAACAGGUACAAUUAGACUUAAACUUUUCAUUACUUAGAAUAUAAUCAGGUUUGUUGAUACUUUUUUUGCAAAAUUUCACUCAAUAACACCAAGUUCAAAAUCGGUGGAAUUAAUUUCGUUUUACUUGUAUUCGGGUUACCCUGCUCCUUUUCAGUAAUGGUGAAAGUACAUUUAGGCUCAUAAGUAUGCUCAAGGCAAAUGGAUGCACGCAGAUUCCACUCAGAAAAUCCAUUCCACUCAGUUGGUUGUUCGCAUUUUUAUCUUGUAUAUAAGAUUAAUUUUGCAGCUUUGAUGUAACUGAGAUACAUGUGUAUCUAAACAAUACACGCUCGAACUAUUAAUCUAAACUUAUCAUCAAGUUUAUUGAAUCUGAGAAAAUCUGAUUUGUGGUUAACGUUUUAAUCAUCAUCUUUUAUAAAAUAUGCACUUUUCUCAAAA